GCACAUAAUAAACGGUGUUAAAUCACCAAACUCACUAUUACAACAAACAAAAGAAGUAAAGAAAGAAAGAAAAUCUCUCUCUUCGCUGCUAAUCUCUGACGAAGAAACUGAGUUGUAUGGCAACCAGAUCGAAGAGCUUUCAACUGAUCACCGGCCUAAGGAAGCUCGCUGUCAACCCACGCGCUUCCUCACGCGCCACCGCCACUGCCCUAUUUACUACUUCUCGGAGCGGUUAUUCCUCGGGGUAUGACAAGAACGUGGAGGAUGAAUUGCAGGCAACUGCAGUUCCUGACGACGUCAUAAAGCCAGAUUCUGAUAAAUACUGGUCUCCUCAUCCUCAAACCGGAGUCUUUGGCCCUUCGACGACUGACCAGACUGCAGCAGCGGAGGCUGCUCGCCAAGACUCGGCGGUGCUGGAAGAGACUGCUUGGUUUCGUCCCAUAAGUCUCGAGGACUCGGACAAGACUCACCAUGUUUAAGUCUCUCUUUCUCCUACCGUUUUAUUCUGAUGUUUAAUGUUGUAAUAAGUUUCCAAGUAGACAAACCGUAUGUCAAGUAGUAGUAUCCUGAAAAACCUUCCAAGGUCUGUUAUGUCUGAAGGGUCCUUUUGCUUUCCCCGUCUAAUAUAAUGUCUAAAGGUUUUAUAUUAUA